CUGACAGAUGAAAGUAUGUUCUUUUUAUCCAAUCGACAACUCUGAUCCAUCUCACCUCCUUCUAACUCAAUUGAUCUCAGUAGUGAGAAGGUAACAAGAGCGCACGAAAGGGAAUCCCUAGUAUGCUCGAGGAACAUCGUGGGCACCUAGAAAUAGGAAGAGGAGGUCCAACAAGCAAUUAACUACCGGGAAGUUAUUGGCCCAAUGCUGUCUUUGCUGGGGAAAUGACUCCAACAGCAAAAAUCUGUUGGCCUUUAACAUUCUAGUCACUUAGCCAGUGGAGCGAAUAGAAAAUUGUGUAUGGGUCCUCAUACCCUGGAAGUUCCACUCAUACUAUUUGAAACCAACAGAAGGAGGCUUGUAGAAGAACUAAAGAAAAUUCAAGAAAAUAGUGUGGUUCUAUUGAAAGGGGGUUCAGAAAUUUCUUUCUAUGACACUGACACUUCAUAUGUUUUCCGACAGGAAUCUUACUUUACAUGGUGUUUUGGAGUAACAGAAGCAGGCUGUUAUGGCAUAAUCAAUGUGACAACAGGAGAAGCAUCACUGUUUGUUCCUCGAUACCCAGACGAGUACGCAGUUUGGAUGGGACCUUUGAAACCUUUAGAGGAAUUCAAAAAUAAAUAUGGGGUUCAUCAUGUGUAUUACGUUGAUCAGAUGAAUGAGAUUCUAGAAAAAAUCAAUAGGAAAUUAGUGCUGACUCUGAAAGGUCAAAACACUGACAGUGGACUAACAGCAAUAGAAGCAACUUAUGAUGGCAUUGAGAAGUUUCAAGUUGACAACAAGACACUAUUCCCAAUAAUCGCUAAUCUGAGAGUUGUCAAAACCGAACCUGAAAUAGCUGUAAUGAAGUACGUCAUAGAAGUGUCUUCAUCAGCUCAUAGACAUGUUAUGCGAAUGUCUAAAGCUGGCCUGUAUGAGUAUCAAUGCGAAUCAGAGUUUUUGAACUACUGCUACAAACAUGGUGGGUGUCGACACGUUUCCUAUACUUGCAUUUGUGGAUCAGGUCCCAAUGGAGCAAUUCUCCACUAUGGUCAUGCUGGAUGUCCAAACAAUUAUCGACUGCAAGAUGGAAUGCUUUGUUUAUUCGACAUGGGGGCGAACUACUAUGGUUAUGCCGCAGAUAUAACUGUGACUUUCCCAGUCAACGGAAAAUUCACGCCAGACCAGAAGUUUAUCUAUGAAGCGGUACUGAGAUCAAACCUAGCAGUUCUCAAUGCAGGUAAACCAGGAGUAUCUUGGUCCGAUAUGCACCUCUUAGCCAAUCGAGUAUUACUAGAGGAGCUCAAAAAUGGCGGUCUGCUGAAAGGUUCAAUCGACGAAAUGAUGGACGCAGAUCUAGCAGAAAUAUUCCAGCCUCACGGUUUGGGUCAUUUGCUUGGAUUAGAUGUACAUGAUGUUGGAGGUUAUCUGGAAGGUUAUCCAGAGCGUUCAGAUAGACCUGGGCUCAAGAAACUACGCACUGCUAGAUUGCUUGAGGAGAAUAUGUUCCUCACUAUUGAACCAGGAUGCUACUUCAUCGAUCCUCUCCUAGACAGAGCGCUAGCUGAUCCCAAGCAGUCUAGAUUUUUGGUACCAGAAGUUUUGGAACGGUUCAGAGGAUUUGGAGGUGUUCGUAUAGAAGAUGAUGUAAGAAUCACGAAGAAUGGUAUCAUCAAUUUGACCAAAGUUCCUAGGACGGUUCAGGAAAUAGAAGAUUGGAUAGCUGGAAAAGAUAAUGAUGAGAAAUAUACCUAGAGAUUGAGGAGUUUGUCUCAUGCUACCAGUAAAAUGAAAUAUACUGUAUUAUACGAAAUCUAGUAAAAGGAUUGCUACCUAC